AUGGUCAAGAACCGCUCAAUUCUGGGCAGCCUUGCUCUGGGCUUGACUGCCUACGCUUCUGCCAGAGAGGUGGGCUUCAAUUCGACAUCCCCUGGUGUUUAUACCAACCACACGACUACCACAGUCAUCACCCAAAAUGCAGCUUCCAUUUCUGAGUCCGUCAGCCUCGCUGGUGCUGUCGAUCUGGACGUCAUUUCCGGCAGCAUUUCGUCUAUUGAGGUUACAAACAACCCCUCUUUCGUUACUCUCGCGCAGCAGCCAAGCACAACUACUACGUUGAUUGCCGGGACCAUUGCUGCCAACUCGUCUCCUGUCGGUUUGCAAACAGUAGUCGUCACUUCGACAGUCCCCGCCUGUGCUCCUGGGUCCACGGUCACCGAUACAUCCUCUGUUAGCCCAAAUGUCAAUGGCCAAGCUCCUUUCGCCCUGGCAGCAUCAUCAACCCUAUCUGCAUCGUAUGCCGCAUCAACUCUUCUUCCAGCAGUUCACUGGGACUAUCCCGUAGAUGACAUUCACAAUUUGGCACCUUCGAACAGUUCCAAUCUUUAUUACUCUUCUGACGGUGUCUCUGAUCCUUCUAUCCAGCACCUCUAUGCUUCUCUUUCGACCACGAUGAUGUACGAGUCUGUUGUCUUGGACCACUCAUCAUUUGUGGCAAAUACUUCGUGCUCCAAUGAUGGCAUCAUGGUCACUUUCUCGUCUUCUGAAGCUUUCAACUUCGCGUCAAGCACCUGGUCCGCCUCUUCUUCUGCUUUCGUUCUCGUCACUUACACGGACGGAUGUCACGGUUCAUCCGAUCAGCAACGAACUUUCUGGUUGAUUGAUGCCUUGGAGACUUUGGCAGACUCUCUGUCUAUCUUAGCCAAGGUUGAGACCGAGCUUGCCGUCGAAAGCGCCCUGCACGAGGUUGACUUACAAUGGGGUACAUACUAUCCUGCCAGCAACUCUACCCAGAAUCUCACUUCUAGCAACGGCUCUGGUUCUGCCAUUUCUGGGUCUUCCUCCGGAUCGUCGAAUGGCGGUACCAGUUCUUCGUUCUCUGGAUCCUCGCAAGGUUCGUCAAACAACUCGAGCUUGCCGUCUUCGGGGUCGGGAUCAUCCUCUGGAGCAAACAACACAACCACAGGUACUACUGGCGGCUCAGCUUGUGGCAACGCACCUUCAUCCACGAUUGAUGGCCUCCCCGCGGCAAACUGUGGUGAUUCUAACUUUGACGCUGAGCUUGACAACGCUAUUGGUUAUCUGGGGUUCAAUUCUGCAUCGGAUGAUGGGUCAAGCCUCGCAGACUUCCUGCCUGAUGCUUCGGUAGACUCAAGUGACCUGACCGACGCUGAGAAUAGCGCGCAGUUGUCCAGACGCUCUGUCAUGCUCGAGAAGCGGCGGUUCAAUCUCUUCAAAGCGAUCGUACAUACUGUGGUAAAGGUGACUAAAACUGUUGUACAUGUCACGACUGCCCCUAUUCGUCUUGUCGCCACAGGUAUCCGCCAUAUUCCAGUUGUUGGAGACUUCAUUGCAAAGCAGACUGAGCUCGAUCCUUCAAUCAGUGGCUCUAAGGACUUCAAUUUUGGACCCGACGCGACUGCUGACUCACCCUGGGGCAAAGCGGCAGAGAUCUACUCAAAGAGCAAGACAUCAGCAUCAGGCACUGCCAGCGCAGACGCGACCAUUUACUGUGUUGGUUGUGGCGUCAAGGGCCAUGUCGCCAUGGCAGGGCAGGCAAAGUUCAACGUCCUCGAUGGCCUUCAUGGACUUAGUGCUAAUCUCAACGCCAACCUCGAAGCCGGAGUCAACCUCGGUCUAGUUGCUCACGCUCAAUAUUCGGAUACCAAGACCAAGGCCUUGAUCAGAGCGCCUCUUCCCGAAGUUGGUGUUGCGGUCAAGGGUGUCUUUUCUGCUGGUGUAUAUCUGAGUGUUGACGCUGUCAGCACUGUCGAUGUUGCAGCCGAAGGAGAAGCACUCGUGGGCGUUGUCAUGACCAUUCCUAACUUCCAAGCAACUCUUGAUCUGUUCAACCAAGAUGGAGCGAGCAAGUCUGGCGUCACUGGCUUUACUCCCACUUUCGAGAAGCGAUUUGAAGCUAGCGGUAAAGUCGCUGCUUCUGUCAAAUUGGCUCUGCCCAUUGCAAUCAACUGUGGCUUCGAGAUCCCCGCCAUCAGCCUGAAGAGAGCCAUCGCGCUCAUCGAACAGCCCAGUCUCUACGGCAAUCUUACAGUCGCCGCAAGCACCGCAAAUGUCGCACCGGCAAGUGACACUUGCAACAAUGGCAUCGAGUAUUUUGCCAAUCUUCAAAACGAUGUCAACUUUGACUUCCUCGGUCUGAAGACUUUCACCUUGAAUCACUACGACUCUCCUCCUCUCUUGCAGGGCUGCAAGACCUUCGGACCAAGCACGUCAGCCACUUCUGACAAUGCUUCGGCGACCACAGACAAUGCUUCUGCAACCACAGACAAUGCUUCUGCAACAACUGAUAAUGCUUCUGCGACUACGGAUAAAGCUUCGGCGACUACUGAUAAUGCUUCGGCGACUACUGAUAAUGCUUCCGCAACUACAGACGAUGCUUCUGCAACAACUGAUCAUGCUUCGGCCACUACUGGAGAUGUCUCUGCACCCACUGGAAACGCUGCAGCAACCACUGGAGACGCUGCAGCAAUUACCGGAGCGGCAACGCCCACAACUGAUGCUGAAACCCCUAGCGAUCAGUCAAGCAUGCCAACAGCAACAAAAGACUCCACCUCCGACCCGACAGUGACACCCGACCUUUCCACCACUGAAAGCGAGCGCCGUCGCUCUGUCUUCUUCCGUCGUGACAAUUCCACCACGUCUGCGUCUGGUGACGAUGAGGAAGUCAUGGCUGAUGAUACUGAAGAUACAUUCGAUGAUACAGACAACGCCGACGAGACGGAUGAUGUAGUCUCUGACGACUCAAGUGCUGCUGAUGGUGCUGAGUUUGAAGAUGAUGCCAAUGACGCACUUUCUCUUUCCGCCGACCAGCAGUCCGAAGACGGCAUCACUUUCAACACUCUGAUUGAUAUACAAAACACUUUCCAGAUUGUUCCAGGCACCGAUGGAAAUCUAUACACGAGCAGUUUGACCCCUGGAUCUCCGAGUGACGCUGGGCUAUUUGCAGAGUCACAGGGUAUCAUUGUUGGUGACGAUGAGGAGCGCGUCCUUCACUACUACCCCGAUGAAAUGGCGACCUACAACGUGAGUCGAAUCGGGCUCAGCUUGGAGGUUCCCAAGACUGCUGAUGCUAUCGCCCUGUCGCCAAUCGACUACGACGAUGCGAGCGACACGGCAUCCGCAUACUUUGCGGUGUCAACCAAGCAGGAUGUUUAUAGUCUGGUCUUGUGCGACUUUAGUAAUGGCGCUGACGGCAAGAUUUUCAUUAUCAACGAUGAGUCCGGCUUGGACUCUCUCCAAAACAACACGAACAUCAAGUACACCGUCACUGGAGCUCCCGUCCAGGCUUGUUACCCGUUGGCAAUUGUCUCUGGCGGAAAUGGUACCGUCUCAUCAUAG